CGCAGACAAAUACGUGCUGUCGGAGGAUUUCCAAUAUGGCCGCUAUAAUUCGACAAUGUUCAAGGGUCACGUUGCGAAGUUUGCACUCGUUUCCUCGUUUGUCACGGUCUUCUAACCAAGUGGUAUUAUCGCCAUUGCUUAGAAAUAGUGUUAAGAUUGAAUGGAGUUGUAAUUUCAAUGCUAAGUACUUGUGCAGUUUUACAAAACCGACUAUCGAUAAUGCACAACUUAAUGCCACUGCAAAAGAGGCAGGAGGAGAGAGCGGUUUAAUAGAAAUAGGUUCGUUGUCAAAUGACAGCGAUGACUCUGAAUUGAUCAGCAGCUCGUCCAAUGAUCUUUUUCGCAUUUCCCAACGUCUUGGCUCUGUCAGACGCGAGGAAACACUUUUGGAAGCGUUUGAAGUCAUAAAAGGAAUUGAAAAAGAAUAUGUUCCAGCAUUGUUGGUUUAUCAGUUGAUCAGAAAUUGUGGAAAACAGCUGUUUACAAGUUUGCCAGAAAGAAGAACUCAACUUGUGAAGCAGUUUUGGUCUGAGCUUAAAGCUAAAGGCAUAUCAUUUGGUGUGAAUCACUAUAAUGUGCUGUUAUCUGUUCAUUUACAAAAUCAUCAUUCCUUUGAUCCUUUGGAAAUCUUGGAAGAAAUGAAAGGCAGUGGUAUUGAACCAAAUCAGCAAACUUUAGUACUCUUUAUUCAAGCUUUUUGUGAAAAUGGGGACAUGGCUGGAUCACUGGAAAUGCUUGGAAUGAUGAAGACAUUGGGAGUACCUGUUACAGAGAAGGUUUAUGCAUCACUAAUAACUGGAUAUGGUCGUAGUGGGGACAUGAAUAGUGCUAUGGGAAUUAUGACAACAAUGAGAGAGAAUAAUCUUGAACCAGGAAUGGACACAUACAUGGCUUUGUUGAUUGCAUAUAGCGAAACUGGUGAUCUUGACAAUGUGAAAAAAGUCCUUGAUGAGUUUAUAUCACUGAAAGGAAUGUGUCCUGCUGGCAUGUCUAUUGCAAUUAUUGAAGCUUUAGCAAGGGCAGAACAUUAUUUGCUUAUUCCUCAGAUAAUGAAAGAAAUAAGUGUUAAUCAUUAUGUCCUUAACAGUGAAUUGGUCAAUGUUAUAAAAAACCUUAUAUCUCGUGGUCUCUAUGAAAAUGUGCUUGGUUUACUGAAAGCCAUACCCAGGAAUCAGGGGACAAACUCAGAAUCAUCAGUGCCUGAAGUGGAAUUCAUUAAGCAACUUGUUCUUUCUGUUGAGGACCUCACAAAGUUGGUGUCAUUACUGGAGAAAAUUGAUGAAGCAAAAAUUGUUAAAUCCCCAUAUGAAAUGUCAUUGAAUUUUAGCUAUGGCAAAAAUGACAAAGCUUUGAGUUUGGCAAUUAUUGAAGCAAUGACAAGAAAGGGUUUGAAAAUACGUCCUCAUUAUUUCUAUCCAAUGAUGGUUGAUGCAAUAAAGAAUGAAGAUGGGAAAGGUGCUAUGGAAAUACUUUCAUUUGUAAGAAUAAGAAAUCUUCGAUUGGACAACAAACUGAUUUACUACGCGAAGAAAGCCCUAAAAUGGGAAGAAGGCGAUGCAAGAUCGAUUUUGUCAUCAUUAAAGAGUUUUGGCGAAGAGCCACCAUCCUACGAAAGCAAGUUAACUGCCCUAUUAUUAUUGACAGAUAGAUUGGACCUUGAUGAGAUUAAAAAAUUUAUCGAGUCAAGUGGUGAUGUUGUUGAAAGCGAUGAUCUUAUACCUUUCCUAGAACUUCUUAUUAAAAGAGACAAUAGAAUCAAAGAUGCUGUAGAGGUGAUUUUGUUUGCCGAGAAAAAGAGUUUAGAUGUUGAAAAAUGUGUUUUCACAUUAAUUGGUCGCAUUUCGCGAACGAAGAACUCAUCUGCAAAACUGGUUGAAUUUAUUGAAGUUUUGUUUAAGAAGUUACCAAAUAUACAAGCUAGCGGCAAGCUCUUUUCUCGUGUCUUGUCCGCUUUGGGAACAGAUGAUACUACGGAUGUGUUUUUUGAGUUUCUGAGAAUUAUGAAACGGAAUAACGUGGAACCUGAUGUAAAUACCUAUCGCGCAAUACUCCAAAAAGCGUCUAACAUGGGCAGAAAAGAAGCUGCUGAGUUUGCUUUUAAUAAAGUCAACGAGUCUUUCCCCAAUGAUCCCAAGGCGUACUCGUAUCUUCUUUUAGCACACGCUAAAAAUAAUGUUGGGAAUCUUGGCUUUACGACUGAUCACGAUAACCGAACGAAGAUUACUUCAAUAUUUAGAGACAUGGUUGAAAAAGGGUUAAAGCCUUUUGAUGUAGCCAUAUCUCAUGCAAUUAUUGCUUAUGUCGUCACAGGAAACAUUGAAAUGGCAGAUACAACCAAAGAAAAGUAUGGCGCUGGAAGUAGAGCAAAUGUUGUUUACUCACAAUAUUUGAGAUAUUAUUCUAAGAAAGGAGAUGUUCAAAAUUGUGAGAGAAUUAUAUCUGAGAUGAAAGAAAUGAACUGCGAAAUUACUUCCUAUACUUAUCACUUCUUGUUGCAGGCUUAUCGUAAACACGGUAAUGUCGAAAAAAUUAAGACACUUGUUGCAGAGAUGAAAUCCAAGAACAUGGAGAAUAUUUUCAUGAAUUACAGCGAGCUCAUGAUGACACAGUUAAAAUGUAAAGACAUCGAAGGUGCUUGGGAAAUAUAUAAAAAUGAAUGCCAAUCAAUUGGGAGGUUUCCAAGCGACUCAUGUUGUGUCCAUCUUAUGAGAGAUCUAGGUUCCAUUCAAGAUGUACCAAAAUUGGAGGAGUUUUCGAAAGAUAUAACGCAAUCGAAAACGUUAACUGAAGUUACCAAAAAUAAAAUGAGACAUGGUUUAGUCUUGGCAUUUUUGGAAGCUAAUGCAAAAUAUAAAGCAAAAGAGAUUGUCGAUAUAGAAGGAUUUAAUAAUGAUUACGAGCAUUACAAAUCUGUUGGAAGGAAUGCAGCUGCACUUGGCCAGGUGGAAUUACUUCGAAAUUUAAUGUCCUUCUUGAAGAAGAAAAGUUGAAGCCGAGUGUAUUGUAUGAACCUUUGUUAUAUGCUUAUGGUAAAAAUAAUGACAUGAAGGGUGCAUUUGCGUUAAGAGAUGAGAUCAUUGCUAAAGGAGAGACACAGACUAAAUUGUUUAUGAAAAUAUUUCAAAGGUUGUUAGAUGAAUGGGAGAAAGACGUUGGCGACAAAGCAACAAGUGAAUAAGGAUAUUCUUUGUUGGCUGUGAAAUAAGCACAGAAUAGUCGCAAGCAACAUUAUGUUCUCGCGUCGCUUUUUGAUUGGCUUAAAACCAAUAUUAAAUAUAGCAAUUCGUAACAUACUGAUAUUAGGUAUGGUCGAGAAGUGUUUUAUGAUUUUAAGUCCUGUUAAAGCAA